CAAUGACAAAGACCAAUCCAAUGGAGGAAGUGCGCAUCCACAAACUCUCCAUAAAUUUGUGCGUAGGAGAGAGCGGCGACAAGCUCAAUAAGGCUGCCAAAGUACUUGAACAGCUUACUGGCCAGAAGCCUCGUUUCUCAAAAUCACGCCUAACGAUUCGCACGUUCGGCAUACGCCGCAACGAGAAGAUAGCGGUGCAUGUAACAGUGCGCGGCGAAAAGGCAAAAGAGAUUUUGAACAAUGCGCUCAAGAUCUGCGAGUUUGAGCUGCGCGAGAGCAGCUUCUCGGAGACGGGCACGUUUGGAUUUGGGAUCAAGGAGCAUAUUGAUCUGGGACUGAAGUAUGACCCGUCGAUCGGUAUUUAUGGAAUGGAUUUCAUCGUUGUUUUGAGUAAGCCCGGGCUGCGGGUGUGUAAGAGGAAGAGGUUGAAAAGUAAGGUUGGAAAUAAGCAGCGGGUUAGUAAGGAUGAGGCGAAGAAGUGGUUCGUUGAUACUUUUGAGGGUGUUUUAGUGCCGGCGAAUAAAUAAAUGGAUUAUUAAAUGUGGCAUGAGGGCUUAUGGGAGUGGAGAUUGGUGCGAUGCAACCGGUCCAUUCACAAAUUUGCACAGUGUGUUACGAGAUUGUAUGCAGCCGUGUUCGCAAUCAUUCCUCAGUUGCGUGUUCUGAGGUGAAAAGCAAAUUUGUGAAGGGCCCUCCGCGUGCUCGUCAAGGAAUCACGGCUACACCGUUUCGUAAAAAUGGCAAUUAUUGAAAUUUCUUGCCCGCCACGUUAACGCUAAGCACCUCCAAAAUAAAAAUAAAUUUACUUUCUAUGUCAA